GGCUUUGUUCAAUCAAAUGGAUGGAAGGAUCAUUGUAUUGCAUAACAGAGCAUUUGUUGGUUAACGGGAGUCAGGUCUGUUGUUCGUUUUUAGUGAGAAAUCAGUCCAUUUGCUGUAAGGAUUCUCCAAUCGGAUGAUGCCUAAUAUCUUUCUCACGAAUUCGUGAGAAACGUGGAUAACAUGCAUCUCGUAAUUGUAUACCUCUUCAUUCCUAGUUCCCAAACUGAGUGCUAUGUUUUCCAAAGUACACUUGUGUCUCUCGGUUAUAGUUCUUGAGAUUUUCUCCAUAUGCGUGCAAAGUUAUGAUUUUCCAGAAAGUCCUUAUUUCUCGCGGUAUGAUGGCUUGGAUUACUCUCCUGAUUCAUUCGGUCAUCCACAUAAAAGAACACGUCGCAGCACCUCAAAAACAAACAUACUUUUGCCAAUAAAGGCAUUCGGGAAAUCCUUUCAUCUCGUUUUAUAUCCUGAUUAUGAAGUAGUUCAUCCGAAUGCCAAGUUGGUUGUUGGUGGUCGAGAAUGGACUGGUGGUCUUCCAGCUGUUUCUGAUCAUGUUGUCCGGGGAUAUGUUGACGGAUUCACACACAGUGUUGUUUUUGGAAGUGUAAUAGAUGGAGUGUUUCGGGGCACAGUUUCCUUGAAUAAAAGCAAUUUAUUACAUUCGGCUCCAGGAUCUUAUGAUACCUAUUUUAUUGAACCCUCAGGAUAUUAUUUUAACAAAGACUUUCCGUUCCAUUCUGUUAUAUAUAAUUCGUUGGAUGUCAAGACCCCUACUGUCGGUCAGAGUCGUAUGCGUCGCGCAGUCCAAGAGAUGAACUUUAAGUUUUGCGGAUUAUCAUACCCUAGUAUUGCUCAGAAAAUGAGUAAAAUAAGUUGUAUUGAUGAUCGUAAAAAGCAUGAAACUACCGUCCUCAGGAAUCAUGAACCAUAUUUUUCGGAACUUCAGAGUCAAUUUGUUCGCUCAUUUAAAUCUCCACAUCUAGUUACCAAUAAUUCCUUGCCAUACACAGAUAAAGGACCGAACACGCGGGUUUGUAAUCUCUAUUUACAGUCAGAUACAUACCUUUGGGAUCAUGUUAUAAAUAAGCCACAUAUUCAAGGCAGCAGGGAGCUUGCUGUCAAAGAAAUCACCUCCAUUUUUACGCAACACGUUCAGGCCGCCCAGUUGAUCUAUCAGGAUGCAGUUUUCCGUGAUCACUCAGGCCGUUUAGAAUUCCGUGGUGUCAGUUUUCGCGUUGAUCGUGUCCUUAUCAAUGUAACGGAAGAUGACUGUCGUAAUCGUGUAUGGAAACCUACGUAUCUCCAGGAUCGGAAUAAUUCAUAUAUCUCACCUACUGCCCUACCCCGUGAAACAUUUUCGGAUCAUCUUUCUCUCCAUCAGCCAAGUAAUACGGAUCACUUGAGUUUUAGUGGGGCAUAUACUGAUGAAAAUCCUUUUUGUGCACCCAAUAUUGAUGUUACUAAUUAUCUUAAUCUACAUUCAUACAACAAACAUGAUGACUUCUGCUUGGCUUAUAUUUUCACAUACAGAGACUUUUCAGGUGGGACUAUUGGUUUGGCAUGGGUUGCUGAAGUGGGUGGAGCAGGUGGUGUCUGUGAAAAACAUAGGCGAAUGCAGGAAGGAGAUCAAAAUGUUUACAAAAGUUUAAAUACUGGAGUUGUAACUCUAUUGAAUUAUGGAUCAAAGGUAGCCACAAAGGUAUCACAGCUAACAUUUGCUCAUGAAUUAGGACAUAAUUUUGGUGCUAAACAUGAUAAUUUUCAUGAAAAUGAAUCACAUGGAUGUUUGCCGUCUAUUGAUGAUGUCCGGGGUAAUUAUAUUAUGUUUGCUAGUGCGAUAAGUGGUGAUAAAGAAAAUAACAACAAAUUUUCCAGUUGUUCACUUGAUUCUAUUGCCAAACUAUUGGAUCGUGUUUUACGGGGUGAAAAAAAUUGUUUUUUAACUUCAGAUGGCCCAUUUUGUGGUAAUCAGUUAACUGAAGAAGGUGAAGAAUGUGAUUGUGGUUUCACCAGAGCUAAUUGUCAUGAUAAAUGCUGCCAUCCAAGAGAUUCAACUAGUCCAUGCAAGCUGGUCAAAAGUGUUUUUAUAGAUCAUACCGAACGUACUGUUCAAUGCUCACCUACAGCUGGCGUUUGUUGCACCGAAAAUUGUCAAUAUCGCCCAGAAACUCAUAUGUGUCGUCCAGCCGGUGAAUGCCAUCGAUCAUCGAAUUGCAGUGGAAGAAUGUCUAAGUGUCCACCUGCUGAUAUUUUACCAGAUGGUACUCUUUGUCAGGAUGGUACACGUGUUUGCAAACAGGGUCAAUGUAUUGGUUCAAUAUGUGAGCGUAUUCCUGGUUGGCAUGAAUGUUCUUUUACUCGAGAUAAAAAGGUCGUACCUGAAUUAAUGUGUUUCGUCGGAUGUAAGCAGAAUAUUUCUGGUGCACCGUGUAUUAGUUCUUUUCAGUUAGAAAAAGAGCUAGAUUUAAGAGCGAAAUAUCCUCAAUUGGCUGUUGAAGUUUUACGUAAUGGACGCGGCAUUAAAUUGCCUCCUGGAGCUCCUUGUGAUAACUAUCGGGGCUACUGUGAUAUUUCCAUGCGCUGUCUCUUGGUUGAUGCAGAGGGACCACUUUCUCGAUUAAGAAACUUGGUAUUCAGUCCACAAAUGUUUCAGAAAGUUAAAACAUGGAUAAUAAUGCAUUGGUGGGCGGUUAUACUUAUUGCCUUAGCCGUUAUUAUAGGUGCAGUUACUUUCGUCAAAAUGUGUGCCUAUAAUACUCCACCUGUUCGUCUACAUAAUGUGAAUCGUACUAUGCCAAACCUGACUCCCUUCUUAACUUCCAGUCAUAUUCCCUCUGGUUCUGUCGAUCAACCUGUUAUUUGGACUGUUAAAGGUCAUCCUGUAAGAUGGGCUGGUUCGCCUAAUCCACGUACUAGUCGUCUCCCACGCUCUUCACGGAGACAGUCUCGUAAAUCCAAAGAUAUUAAAGGAGUUAUUCGCCACCAAAUAAAUUCUGAGAAAUUUUCCACUAAACCCAAUGCAGCUAUACAUCCUCUGGACUUUCCUCCAUCCAAUGCACGUCAAACACCGUUACCUGUGUUACAUCCAAAUCCUUUGUCUGCUGUCGACUUGCCUUUACAACCUAUUCCAUGUAACAGUAGAAAUUUUAGUGAUAUUGAACCAGUUGGUGUCAACUCAAAUACUGAAUUUCUGCAACAGAAUAAUUUUUAUCAAAGACCAAACAGUGUGCUCAUCCCUUCAAGUGCAAAAGAAUCAAACCAUGUCAGAAAAUCCAAAAUUCCAUCCAAACUAAGUAAUGACAAACGUAAGAGGAAGACACGACCAGUUUCUGAAUGUACAGUUGACAGUAAUGUUUCUGUCCCUGAAAUUUCAAUCCGGGUUGAUGGUCUUAAUGAAGAGAAUGAGACAGCACUUCCUCAACCUGACAAUAGGGUUUUUGGAUCUCAGUAUCUUCGUGAUAAUUCUCGCAGUAUUUCACCACCAUCGUACGAUGAUCUGUAAGUUAGCCUUUCAAAUACAUACUUACGCCUGUUACCCCUCAUAGGCCACCCACCAACAUUCUCCAUCCAACUCUGUCCUGUGCAAUCAUUUCCAGUUGUUUCUGGUUGCUAUUCAUCCUAUUCAUGUCUGCUUCCAAUGUGUGUUCUUUGACCUUCCACUUUUCAUUUCCCCUUCAGGAUUUCAAGUUAGAGAUGGCCCUGUGAUGCACUUAUGAUUUCCGCAAUGUGUGUCCUAUCCAUUUCCAACGUCUUUUCCUAAUUUCCUCCAUAUCUUCCUGAAUAGAACGUGGAGUAUUUUUGCAGUUGGUUCUGUGUCUGAUUUUAGUGCUUCGGUUGGUGUAUUGUUAGGACCUUCUGCUUUCCCACUGUUGAUUUGUCAGAUGGUCAUGCAGGUUUCUUCGAUCGUUGAUAGAGCGACAUAUGUAGAAAUGUGUACGUGUGUGCUUCGCUGUUUAGUGGAUUUAAUGGAGCUAUUUUAUUCAAGAGUUCCUCAAAGUGUUCUACCCAUCUGUCCCUAUGUCCUUGAAUCCAUGUGAUUAUCUUGCCUUGUUUGUCCGUGACUGGUCUCUCUGGUCUACUAUAUUUCCCUACCAGUUUCUUCGUUAUAUCAUAUAGUUGUUUGAUAUUUUCUUCUCUUGCAGCCUUUCCGAUGUUGUUGCUAUAUCUCCCCCACAUUUCUGCUUGUCAGCUCUAAUGCUCUUCUUCACUUGCUUGUUUGCCUUGACGUUCUCUGUUCUUGUUCGGCUGUUGUUAAUUGCUGUCUUCUUGUCCUUCAUUUCUUGAAUCUUGCCCUGGGUUUCGAUAGUGAUCCAUUCCUUAUGAUGAUGCUUUUCGCGGCCCAGAACUUCCUGACACGUUGAAGUUAGUGCUUCUUUGAUAAAUUUCCAGUUGUCCUCCACAUUAGUUUUUUCUUCUUUGAGUAGACCUUGUGAGGCUUGGAAUUUGUUGUCGAGAGCUCUGUUGAAUUGGUUGAGUUUGUCAAUAUGUCGAAGGAAGGGUGUAUUGAACCUUUGUAAUGAUGCUUGUCCAGUUGUCCAUUGAUUUUUAGCUUCAGUUUCAACUUGGCAACCACCAGUUGAUGGUGAUCCGAAGCUAUGUCAGUUCCCCCCUGGUUCUCACGUCUUCCAUUGAACUUGUGUAUUUUUUACUGAUGCAAAUAUGAUCUGUCUGGCUCUUUGUGGUAUAGUUUGGUGAAACCCAUCUAGAUUUGUGUAUGCGUUUGUGUCGGAAUAUUGUGCCGUCUAUAACCAGUUUGUUUAAUGCAUAUAAAUUUGCAAAUCUCUCCUAAUUUUCCUUUCUUUCUCCUAGUCCAUGUUGUCCCAUAAUAUCUUCAUAACCGUUGUUGUUCAUCCCGACUUUGGCGCUUAGAUCUCUCAUCAGGAUGGUCAUGUCCUUUCUCGGGCUCUCCAUUAUAAUCGAUUGCAGCCUUUCGUAGAACUGAUCUUUAUCGUCGUCGUUGCCAUUAUUGGUGGGUGCAUAACGUUGGAUAUUAUUCAUUUUAAUUCCCUGCUCCUUUGUUUUGAAGAAUGAUUUGAUGGUUCUGUAUCCACGUGAUUCCCAUUCUGCAAAUGUUUCUCGUGACCAUUUGGAAAGCAUCAGAGCAACUUUCUAAGUGUGAAUCAUUUUCCUCUUUGUGACCGGAGUACAGUAGCAUCUCUACCGAAUCUAUCCUUUUCUGUCCAGUUUGGGUUCAUUAUGUGUCACUUAUUCCGAGUACUGCCAAGUUGUAUCUCCUCAUUCCCUUUGCUAUUUGGCUGGUCAUUCCGGUCUUCCACAUUUUCCGGGUGUUCCAUGUACCUAGAAGAAGUGUUGCUCUGGUUAUUAAACGGGGCAUCUGUCUCGUGAUUUCCAAAGGAUCUCGGCUUUCCUCAGGAGGCGUCAUAAUUCUUCCUUGAACUCGGAGGGCAGAUUUUAUAUGGUUUAAAUUGUUUAUUCUAGUCAGUGGUUUUUUUUAUCAAGGUUGUUUUGUACGGGAUGAAGUUGCUGACCACCACACCAAAUCUUUCUCCUCUACCUGGGAUUGGGACCGGCAGUAACUCUAGAAGAGCUACAGGUGGAGUUAGCCUUUCAAAUACUUAUGUAUUUUUGACGUUAUUUUUAUUCUAUGUUGGGACGACGUCGAAAAGCAUAAUGAAGCCUCCAUAAGCUAUAAAGGAGCUAAAUAGAUUAAUCCAAUCAGAACCUGAUAGAACCUUUUGAAAUAUCAACGUGGGAUGCUAUGAUUAGACAUUUGCAUGACUUUCCUAAUUGCGGAUUCGCUUGAUUAUAAUGAUGUUAUAGCCUAUGCUAAAAAUUAAGAAAUACCCCUGUUUUUCUGUACUUUUGUGAUUCUUACCCAGUGACCGCUCCCUCUGCUUCUUUUGUCUUUUGAUUUGCGACUAUGAGGGUUCCACAAGUUCGAGUGCCGACAGUUGUAUACCGUAUCCUACCGUAAUCGAGUAGAGGACGAAACAAUCUAAACUUGUGUUUACUGGUAAUGAAAAUGAUAACACGGAAUCCCCACGUUUAUUGUUUGACUCUAAGCCUUAUUGAUGCCGACCAAUGCUGUUUUACUCAGUCAGCAGGUUUUAAUGAACUUAGAGCCUGGCACAACUAAAUUCAUCUUAAAUUCUCUUGUAACCUUAAACUAGGUUAUUCCAGUUAUAAAAAUGUAUCUAAAUAUUCAGCAAUGAAUAAGUUUAUAUAAACAUUAUGAAUUGAACUUCAAAGGAUUUUGCAGCGCUUUAAUACAUUUUUGUUGUAUUAUUAGUGAUUAUUAUCCUGCUAACAAAAUGGUUUGCCCCAGCUUGCUAUACCACAUUAGCACUACAAGAUAAGCUUACUAAAAUGAGCGGGAAUAAAAUCAAAAUAAUCCAUUUGCAAUAAUAAUGGCUGGACAUUGAGAUUAUUGUUUGAAAAGGCAGAGUGAAAAAGUAUGUAUAAAAUAUUUUAAGGGGGAGAAAGACAAAAAUGCAUUUGCUCUAUUGUGGACGUUUGUGAGUUAUGGCCUAGUGGUCAAGGCGUUCGACUUUUAGUCCCAGUUUCAGUUCCCAUUCCAUCUACGUUGGCUAGGUCAACUUAGUAAUAUCACUAGUCCUUACUCGUAAUUGUGUUUCAAAGCCAUGUAUGUUAAUAAAAGUACAUGGUAAGCUGGUAAGUCAAUUUCCGAAUCUAUCUAAUUUUGGAAUGUAAUUGUGUUAAAAUUAGUCAUUUUUGUAGUUUCGUAACAAACAACUGUUGAAUCGGCUAGAAUUUAGCAUUCAAUGUGUAGUCUCGGUUUAUAUAAAUUGAUUUCAGCAUACAUUUAACAAGAGUUGUAUAUCAUUAAAUCUUUUGUGUAAAUAAAAAAUAUCAAGAAGAAUCAUUUGAAUAUUUUAAAGAAACUUUCAAUUCACGUUUUUAUUUUAUUAAAAGUAUAAGUGGAUGAAAUGCGUUGUUUGAAAGGAUUAAAAGACUUCUGAAACACUAGAUAUCUUUAUCAUACAUGAUAAAGGUUCAAAGUGUUUAGUGUCUAUGAGGUUUUUAAGAUGUUUACUUAUGGUCACUAAUCACAUGAGUUUUCAGAUUGUCGGAAUGUCCCCCAACAUAUUUUCUCUGUAUAAAAAUGUGAUACUUUUACUCCUGCUUAUUAUUUGUCUCUAAUUUCAGGAUGCAACCCGAUAAGUGAGGCUAUUUGUUUCAUUAAUUUGUUUAAUUCCAAUCGACUAUGAAAACUUCCUUCAAUCAAUCAUAUGAUGGAAACGACAACGAAGAAAAGAAAUACUAGAUCUUAUAAGUUCAUAUUUUUCUUUAUUAAAAUAAUGACUUGAUUUUACCAGUUAUUGCCUACUAUUUUAAUUAUUUACUUAAUUACUAUGAGUCUUCCAUUCAUCAUUGUUUUUCUUUCGAAAUUAAUUCAUCAUAUAUUUUUCGUUGUCACCAUAUUUAGAAAAUUCUUUUCUAGUUUAUUCUCUUUUCUCGUUUUGACCAGUUCUUUCAGUAUGUAAAAUUCACACUAAUACUACAACACUCACUGUAAGUAUACAAAUAUUUCAAGAGUUUGAAUAAAAGGGUUUAAGAAUUUUUUUCGUUCAAGUUAAUCCGUUGUGUUUCAAUGUUUUACUAGCUGAACUAUCAUUUCAUCUAUUUAUAUAACUAAGUUUUUUCCAUCUUUGUCACUUCCCGCUCUCUUUUUGUCAAGUAGUUAAAUGGAUUGUUUCUUAUUUUCUCCAAUUGUUUUAUUGUUUAAUCUACAGUUUCAAAAUACUGAAUGAAGGAAAGAUUUCAUCUAGUUUUUUUUCUCUGAUUUUUGUUUUGUAUAUGAGUACUUUUUGUUUUUAGUUGGUUGGUUUCUUUUAGUUAUACACACUGUGCACCAAUGAUGUAGUGUAGAUCUUUUUAUUAAUGAAUAAUUGUAAAACAAUUAUUCAUGAUUCUUAUAAUUGGAUAUUGACUCUAAUUUUGUUGUAUAUUUGUAUGUACAGGAAUGUGAUAAGUAAUAAACUAAUGUUCGAUCC